GCGAACACGCGAAUUGCAUUGACCACGUCGCGCUCCUUUUUUCCCGGGUCACGUGCGGGGGCUCGUCAACUGGUCAAACUCGCCAUUAUAUCUCACACAUACGAACCGGAGGGAAGAGGAGACGAGAGAGGAGUCCCGUCUCUAUCCCCGCUCCUAUAAAACCUCGGAAAAUCCUUGCGGCGUUUACACGGCCCCAUUCCCAUCGAUCGUCUUCUUGGUAGGCACGGCUCUGAUCUGGUCUGAUGGAGCUGGGCCUGAGCUUGGGGGAGACCAUGGCGGAUGCCGGGAGGGAGCUGGUCCUCGGGCUUGGGGUCGGGGCGGGGGAGAGGAGGGAGGAGGAGACUGGAAGGGGGAGGAGGGACCAGGAGGUCGUCGCCGGCGCGAGGAGGGACCUGGGGUUAGGGGCGAUGGGGUGCGGUUCUUCGCCGGAGCCGACGACGAUGCGGCUCGCGCUUCUGCCCCUGGUGCCCAGCCUCGGCUUCCCGUGGCCGUCCGAGAGCAGGCAUUUGGAGGCGUCGACGCCGCGGGGCUUCGACGUGAACCAGGCGCCGUCGACCGGGGGAUCGGCAUGGGCAUGCGCGGCGGAGGAAGAAGAGCAGGAGGACACGGCGGCGGUGGCGGGCGCGGCCGUGUCUUCCUCGCCCAACAACAGCGGGGGAUCCUUCCCGAUGGACUUCUGCGCGCAGGGCGGCGAUGGUGCCCCGGGCGGCGGCGGCGGCGGCGGCUCGCGCGGCGGCAGCGACGAGGACGACGGCGGCUCGUCGCGCAAGAAGUUGCGCCUCUCCAAGGAGCAGGCCGCGUUCCUCGAGGAGAGCUUCAAGGAGCACAGCACCCUGAACCCCAAGCAGAAGGUGGCGCUGGCGAAGCAGCUCAAUCUCCUGCCGCGCCAAGUGGAGGUGUGGUUCCAGAACCGCAGAGCAAGGACGAAGCUGAAGCAGACGGAGGUGGACUGCGAGUACCUGAAGCGGUGCUGCGAGACGCUCACCGAGGAGAACCGGCGGCUGCAGAAGGAGCUGGCCGAGCUGCGCGCGCUCAAGACGGUGCACCCUUUCUACAUGCAUCUCCCGGCGACCACCCUCUCCAUGUGCCCGUCCUGCGAGCGCGUCGCCUCCAACUCCGCCCCGGCCUCCGCCGCCGCCGGCGGCAUUGCGGCCGCCGCGCCGGAACACAGGCCGCCGUCAUCGUUCGCCGCGCUGUUCUCGUCGGCACGAAGCUUCACGCAAGCGCCGGCGCCGGCGCCGUCGAGCUCCUGACUUCGUCGUCAAGUCUUCACCUCCGGCGAAGGGCCUGGUUGUAAAUACGCUCACCUGUUUUUUUUUUCCAUGUUCAAUCUCCUCGCUCCUCUGGUUCUUUGGGAUUUUUUGUGGCUUUGCCAAGUGGUUUGCGAGAAAUGGGAAGAACCCCAAGUAGUAGGGCGUCUGUCGUGGGAUUGGAUACGUGGACGUUCCCGGAUGCUAAAAGGAUAAAAUGUUGCAAUAGAGUUUAUUAACCUUAA